AUGUUGGCGGAUUGGUCGAAACAUUCCGAAACCAAUCCUUUUGCUAUUUGUACACCUAUUACAUCUUCAAUUGAAAUUGCUGCAUACAAAUGGGCUACAGAUAUCGAUCGCAGCAGUAUUCAUCAUUGGUAUGGCAAUUUCUAUGUUGUUCCAUCAUCUAAUGCUCAAAUAUCAUCUUCAACUUGGUUAGAUGUAUAUAUUUCUCGUCGUUGGUUUACAUUUAAUGACUUUUUGGUGUGGCAACAAUCUUGCUGAUUGGUUGUUCCAUUAGAAUCAUGUACUUGUCCGGUUGGACUCAAAGUUUAUUCUUGCAAACAUUCGGUUGGUUUAGGAAUUCUGUUCAAUUUAUACCAAGUUAAUGAUAAGUCACGUGUUGAAGCAUUAGGUAAACGAAAAAGAAAAGGGCGUCCCAAGAAAGUUAGCACAGCUUACGGUAAAUAGAAAUUAACAAAGUUGUUAAAGUCACUAGUCGACGAUCUUGUCUCACUUCUUUCCAGAUUCUUGUUUUUCUUGGUUAUCAGACAAGAUUCUUUUUAAUCAUGAUGUUCAGGCAAGAUUCCUUUUGAGAUGAAAGAAAAAAGAUUCUUACCAGAAGUUCAAGACGAGAAGAAUCUUGCCUGAUUACUCAGAAGUAAAAGAACCAGACAAGAGUAACAAGAUAUUCAAGAUUUUUUUAAAAUUCAGACAAGAAUCUUUUUCUUUUCCUCUCAAAAAGAAUCUUGACUGAAGUUCAAGAUGACAAGAAUCUUGUCAUAUGCAUCAAGAAAACAAGAAUCUGGAAAGAACCACAGGAAAUUUAAAAUUUCUUGAAGUUCAGACAAGUUUCUUUUCCUUUUUCCUUUAAAAGACUCUUAUCUGAUCUUCAAGAUCAAUAGCACGUGAUCUCAUUGUUCAAAUACAUAUAUAAAUAUGGACGUAUGACCGCCACUUAUUCAGUUAUAAUUAUAUAAGUGAUGUUUUCACUACACUUUGAAUAAGUAACUUUUUAAGAUAGUCGAUCGUAUUGAAAACAUGCCUAUCGAUUAUGUUUUUCUAUUGGAUAUAGAGAGACGACUGUAAUGUACAAUAAUGAUAGGGUGUGGGUGUGGGUAUGGUGUGCGUAUGAAACAAUAGAACAUCUAAAACCCACACCCACCCACACCCACACCCACCCACCCACACCCACACCCACACCC